AUGAACUACCCCUUAGGGCGCUCCCUUCCCUUGACAGCAAGGAAGCAACACAACUCCGUAAGGAAGAGAAAGAGAGAGAAAGGGAGAGUAAGGGAUCCCUGGGGUGGUGUGCACGCAGGUGAUCGUGAGCCGUAUGAGUUGCUGAUCCUAGUUUGCUGCAACCCGAGUCCUGGCCGCUUCGUGGCCGGGGACCGCCUCGAGGUCAAGAUCCGUAGAGUAUGGAUGAACUUCCAGGAGUGGGUUAGAACGCUCCACCGGGAUGCGGAGCAGUAUGUCGGAGAUGUUGGGUUCCAGAAGCAGGCGAUGUGGUGGGCUAGGAAUGGGAAGCAGUUUCGUGUCAUGGAACUGCCUAAGGAGUUGAGGUUGGCGGUUUUCGGGCAGGCGAUUGGGGUGGGUCUCUAUUCAGAAGCUUCUUUCCGCGCGACUGAAGACGGAGAGGAGAUUUGGAUUGCAAGUCUUGGAUACGGGUAUAAGCCGCCUGAGGAGUGGGCAGGUACGGCGCGGCGUGCAGACAUCGUGGAUGUGCCGAACUACGCACUGCUUCGAGUCAGCAAGCAGGUGUAUGCGGAGUGCAGGGACGCGGCGUUCCUUAGUCGCGUCUCGUUCGCGGACCAGACGCACGCAGAUAUCCUACCGCUCCUCAAAACACUCCGGGUACUAAUCCCCAAUGUUUUUACCCACAUCGGACUGUCCUUCUCGAUGAUGGAGUAUAUCUACUUCUUCGGCAUCCGCGUCCAGCCCUGGCUUGACGAGGGCAGAAUUGCGUCGCCGCCACCAGCGUGCAAUUUCCUCCUCAACGUUCCGACACUUCAGCGCCUGGGGAUCAAGCUCCCGUCCCCAAUUCAACUAGAUCAUGACGUUCGCGAAGAAAACAGUAUCAAAGCCAAGUGGCAGACCGUUCUCGAGGCCCAGAAGAAAGGGACAUAUGUCGACAUGGAUGACGAGAUGAGGGCUAUUGAAUCGACUUCAAUGGAUGACCUUCCGCCUAAGUGCAAUUGCGCCUAUCCUUGCGACAGCGGAGCUGUUCGAUAUUUCACCACAAGCGACAAGGAGCCGACGAGAUUGUUGAGGAAUUAA